UCUAGUGACCGGCCGCGGAAGUUUGGCGGUCAGCUGUUUCCUGGGAUUUGGCGGGAAGGUUUGGAGAUGGCAGCUGACAAGAUGAAGAGUAAAGUGAACUCGGUGUUUAAAAUGCACGGCUUGGUGCUGAGGGCAGAGGCCAGUAAAUAUCUUAUCGAAGCACUAAAGUCUGUGAAUGAAGUGGAGCUUGAAGAUGUCAUUGACAGUAUUAUUGAUGCUGUGGAGAAGCAGCCACUGUCUUCCAACAUGAUAGAGAAGUCAACAGUAGAAACUGCCGUACAAGAAUGCAGCCGGUCCUGUGAUGAAACAAUAGAGCACAUAUUCAACAUUAUUGGAGCGUUUGACAUCCCACGUUUCAUUUACAAUUCAGAAAGAAAGAAGUUCCUCCCCCUAAAAAUUGCCAAUUAUCCAGAACCCAACCUGCUCGGAAGCGCCAGAGACAAGGCUGAGCUGUACCGUGAGAGGCACACCAUUCUACAACAGAGAACACACAGACAUGAGCUCUUCACCCCCCCUGUAAUUGGUGCCCACCCGGAUGAGAGCAGAAGCAAGUUCCAGCUGAAAACUGUAGAAAACCUAUUGGGCAGCGCAGCAAAGAUGGGAGAUGUCAUUGUUCUUGGAAUGAUUACCCAGCUGAAGGAGGGCAAGUAUUUCUUAGAAGAUCCAACUGGGACUGUUCAGCUUGAUCUAAGCAAGGCACAGUUCCACAGCGGCCUUUAUACAGAGUCGUCUUUUGUUUUGGCAGAAGGUUGGUACGAGGAUAAAAUAUUUCAUAUCAAUGCAUUCGGAUUUCCACCUACUGAACCUUCCACUACAACAAGGGCUUAUUAUGGUAACAUAAACUUUUUUGGAGGGCCCUCUUCCACAUCGGUAAAAGCAUCGGCAAAACUAAAGCAGUUGGAAGAGGAGAACGAGGACGCCAUGUUUGUGUUUGUGUCUGACCUUUGGCUGGACCAGGUAGAAGUCAUGGAGAAACUUCAUGUCAUGUUUUCAGGUUACUCCACGGCUCCUCCUACCUGCUUCAUCUUCUGUGGAAACUUUUCUUCUGCACCAUAUGGGAAAAAUCAGAUGAAAUCUCUGAAAGAUUCAUUCAAGAAUCUCGCAGAUGUGAUAUGUGAGUACCCCAACAUUCACAAAAGCAGCCGAUUUGUGUUUGUACCCGGUCCGGAGGACCCUGGCCCUGGUUUUAUAUUGCCAAGGCCACCCAUAGCAGAGCAUAUCACAGAGGAAUUUAGGCAACGAGUCCCAUUCUCCAUAUUUACCACAAAUCCAUGCAGGAUUCAGUAUUGCACACAGGAAAUCGUUGUAUUCCGGGAGGAUCUGGUGAACAAAAUGUGCAGAAAUUGUGUUCGCUUCCCCAGCAGCAGUUUGGACAUUCCCAGUCAUUUUGUGAAAACCAUCCUCUCUCAGGGACACCUGACGCCACUGCCACUGUUUGUCAGCCCUGUGUACUGGGCGUAUGACUAUGCACUGCGAUUGUACCCCCUGCCUGAUGUAGUUGUCAUCGCUGAUAAAUAUGAUCCCUUCAACAUCACGAAUACAGAAUGCCUCACCAUUAAUCCGGGCUCAUUUCCAAGAAGUGGGUUUGCCUUUAAGGUCUACUAUCCAUCUAGCAAAACGGCAGAAGAUAGUAAGCUGCAGAACAUGUGAGAAGAUGGAAAUGGAUACAUGUCAGUGACUAUCCCCCGUC